AUGGCAGAAGCGUCUCGCCAUUUCCCCUCCCCCCCACAUUACCUCGCGUUCAAGUGUGCACUGUGCCCCCACGUGUCCAAGUGCGCCUUGCAGGGCGGUGCAGUGGUGUGCAAAUGUCCCGCUCCCUUCAAGCGUCUGAUCAACAACCGGUGCUCCUCUGAUGAUUAUCCCAACUCCGACUACCUCGACCCACACAAUGCUGCCAGGGCUGCUGUUGGUGCCGUUCCCCUCGAGUGGGACGACGCAGUGGCAUCAACAAGUGCUCCCCUGCUGCUCUUCCCCACCCCGACUAUCCGAGCAUGGUCGCAUGGGGGAGGGCGAGGGGCAGAACCUCUAACCUCCCUUUCCCCCCUUCUUUCCCCCUCUCCUCCCUCUUCCCUCCCCUCACCUCCAGUGGCUGAGAGGGCCCAGGCGUGGGCCGACACUCUCCGCGACGACUAUAACUGCGGGCUGGAGCAUGGCGGCAUGGGGGAGAUGGCUGAGAGGGCCCAAGCGUGGGCCGACACUCUCCGCGACGACUAUAACUGCGGGCUGGAGCACGGCGGCAUGGGGGAGGGCGAGGGGCAGAACCUCUCAGGGGCGGGUCCGGCUGGGUGGGCGUCAAACAGCGAUGCAGUGCAGUGGUGGGUGGGCGAGGGCAAGUGGUACAAGCGCCCGCCUGCUGUCUUCCCUGCUGGCUGCAUUGGUGGUGACUGGGGCAGAUGCGGCCACUACACACAGGUGAUAUGGAACAACUCGCGCCAGGUGGGGUGUGGCAAGGCGUCGUGUGGCGAGGACGGUGACGUGUGGGCGUGCAACUAUUACCCUGCUGGCAACUUUGUCGGCGAGAUUCCCUAUGUUCAAGACCCGUGCUUCCGAGCCCUCUGCCCUUCCACGUCCACCUGUGCUGCUGUCAACGGCAAGCCGGUCUGCCUGUGUCCGCGAGGGCAAGUGCUGGUCAACGGCAGCAAGUGCCAAGCAGACCCAUGCAAAGGCGCGGCUCCCUGUCCCGGGGACUUUGUGUGUGAUGGAACAUCGGGUGCGGCCAAGUGUGUGUGCCCCAAGGGAACCGUGCAGAUUGCACCCAAUACGUGCCAGGCGCCUUCGUGCAAGGGAGUGAAGUGCCCGGCCUCUGCUCGCUGCAGGGCGGACAGCAACGGCAUUCCUUUCUGUGCCUGCCCUGCCUCCCAAUCCCUGGUCAACGGAGCCUGCACGAAAGCCGGUCCCCGCACAGUCACCACCAGCAUCGUUCUCUUCAGCCGCCCGUCCUUCGCUGGCACUCCCAUUGUCCUCCGAGGCCCCACUCCCGACACCGACGACGCCACUGGCUGCGUCAACAUCCCUUCUCCCAUGGCCGGGACUGUGGGCUCCCUCAAGAUUCUCUGGGAUGCGCCUGAUGGGGCUAAGGGGACGAGGGUGGCUUGUGGUUUGAUGUGGUUUUGGAGUGAUGCGGAUUGCUACGGGGAUGCGUCGGGGUGGGACCGGCCGGACAACAAUGUUACCAUUGCCAAGGCCACGGAUGAUGGAGCUGCUGUGGUGCGGGCUAUUAGCUGCGGUACCAGCCUGUCAGACUCUGAUUGGCUGACGAAUUCGUCCUUUUCCGCGAAGCUUCUCCCGGCUGCAGAGGUCGCUCGGCGCGCAGCAGUGGAAGCAGCAGCUCGGCGCGCAGCGGAAGGGCGGAGAGAAUGGUUUGAUGGGGACGAGGGGAAUGAGGGAAGUGAAGGGGAAGGUGAAGAGGAGGAAGAGGGCGAGGAGGGAUAA